AUGGCCGGGUUUUGGGCGAAACUACCUUUGAUUAGGAAGCUGUUGUUGUCGCAUCCUGAGGUGGAAUUCCUGUGGUGGAUGGAUAGUGAUGCGAUGUUCACGGAUAUGGUGUUUGAGUUGCCAUGGGAGAGGUAUAAAGAUCACAAUUUUGUAAUGCACGGGUGGAAUGAGAUGGUUUACGAUCAAAAGAACUGGAUUGGGUUGAAUACGGGAAGUUUCUUGUUGAGGAAUUGCCAAUGGUCUUUAGAUAUUCUCGAUACUUGGGCUCCAAUGGGGCCGAAAGGGAAGAUUAGGGAGGAGGCUGGUAAACUCUUGACUCGGGAGCUUAAGGAUCGGCCAGUUUUUGAAGCUGAUGAUCAGUCUGCAAUGGUGUAUAUAUUGGCAACUCAGAAGGAUAAGUGGGGUGAUAAAGUUUAUCUCGAGAAUGCAUAUUAUUUGCACGGUUAUUGGGGCAUUUUGGUGGACCGGUAUGAGGAAAUGAUCGAGAAUUAUCAUCCCGGCCUUGGCGAUCAUCGGUGGCCACUUGUUACUCACUUUGUGGGUUGCAAGCCUUGUGGGAAGUUUGGUGACUAUCCAGUUGAGAGGUGCUUGAAGCAGAUGAAUCGUGCAUUUAACAUGGGGGAUAAUCAGAUUCUGCAGAUGUACGGGUUCACUCAUAAAACACUUGCUAGUAAGAGAGUGAAGAGAACAAGGAAUGAAACAAGCAAUCCCCUAGAAGUGCAAGACGAGCAUGGGUUGCUUCACCCUUCAUUUAAAGCUGUGAAGGUAUCAUCUUCUUGA